GAGACUCCAGCGCGAGCUACAGAAAGACCGAGGGCAUACCCGGGACCUUGAGCACCGCUGUGCAAGAGCAUCUGCGGAAGCUGUGUCUGCGUGAAUUCCCAUGUGGCACCGGGAGCUGGGUGCGUGCUCCCCACGCCGGGGAUGGGGGUGAGGGAGGGAAGGAUCCAGCAGGGGCGGACCUGGGACUGGGCCAGAAUGGCUGCAUGGAGUAAACCGAAGUAUGUGGUACCUAGCUGGGAACCGGCUGCCCUAGUGGUCAGGAGAUGCUCAGAUACAAGUUUGAGACCGGCUGGGAGGUUUGGAUGUGGCGUUGGCUGAUUUGAGAGUUGGCGUGAACAGUGCGAUCUGGAACACUGAGGGAGUUCAGGGGCCAAGUGCCCCCUUGCCAUGUGGGGACGGGCCCAGAAUGGACUAAACCAGCACAUCAAGCUGACCUUUGAUCUCAUGUAGCCCAGGCUGCAGAUGCGAGAGGGAAGAGAUCCCUGAGGGAAGAGCUUUGGUGUUGAACACUCUACAGCCGCUCAAGAUAAGAUGUAGAGAAAAUGAUUCCCCUGUGCUCUGGGGCUACCGGGCUAGUUUUCCCCUUCUGGGCAGCGUCUUCUACUCCUCCAUCACAGCCUGCUUCCCUCCUGUAACUGCUGGACUUGGGAAGCCUAGGGUGCUGUGUGACCUCUGCCCUCUUUCCAGGUUGAGGAGAGACUGAGGGAAAUACAGCCAAGGGCAUGGUCAGCUCAGCUGGAAAAAAAAGAUCCAAUCCAACAGGGCAGGAAGAUCCUCUUCUGGUCACUCCACCUUGUGUGUUCAUCCUGCUCAAUAUGCAGGGGGACCCUUGUCAUCAGCUGGGUCCACCGGUCGGGAUGAGCAGCCUGGUUAGACUUAGAGGUCCCUGAAAAUGUGUCCUGACAGUCUGGGCUGUCACCUGGGCCUCCCCCCACACUCUACCCGGUUAAACAGCCAAACUGGCCUUCCCCUUGUAGAGGGAAACAGCCACCCAUCAGGGACACACUCCGUUUGUUUAGUCAAGAGAUGCAGGCCGAUGGCUAACCUGUGCUGGGCACCGUCCUAAGCUUUGGAACUUUGAAGAUGGAUCUAGGGGUAGGGAUGGAGCUAAGUGUUUUCCGUGUUUGUCUGGGGUGAGGCCUUUAGUCCCACUCCCACCCCUAGCACCAAACCAAACAAAAUCAAACAAGCCCAUAAAAUCUGAAGAGGCGUAUUUCAACCGUUGCCUGGAGGGGCAGAUUCUGAGGAGCACACUCAUGUUUUACUCACCAAGGCUCAAGUUUCACCUUCCCCUUGCUGCCCCCAAGGAAAGCCUUCCCGCUGGAAAUGGACUUCUCCAUUUCCCAGGUUGCCUACCGAGCCUCCUGGGCCGUGUCAAACUAAAUUCUCCUUUUAUUCUAUUAAUUUAUUGCGUUCUUUUUACUUGUGUGUCUCUGUGUGGGUAUGUGCGUGCUGGGGCAAGUGCUCUCGGGCUGGAAGAGUACACUGGAUCUCCUGAAGUUGGAAUUGCAGGCAUUUAGAGCUGCCUGACUUGGGUGCUGGGAAUUGAACUUGGGUCUUCGAGCAGAGCGUCAAGUGCUCCUAACUACUGACUGAGCCACUUCUGCAGCCCCCACAGCUAUUCUGCUUUGCACGUUCAAAGUUCCCAACUCCAGAGUGAAGCGAAAACAGGAACUUGGUCUUUGAUAUUCUGUGUCUUGCUGCGUGUGGUGGCACACACCCGGGAACUCAGCACUCAGGAGGCUGAGGCAGGAGGACUGAGCGGUCAAGGCCCGUGUGGCUACACAGUAAAGCUCUGCCCCCACAAAUAACUAUCCUAUGCCAGGCGUGUAGCUCAGUCGGUAGAGACUCUUCUAGAGAGUUCCUAAUCUCACCACACCUAGUGUGUAAACAGAGGCAGCUCUUUUGUUUCCCGGCCGCCCAUCACUAGUGUCGGGGUGCGUGCCUAUGGUCCCUCAAUUUAGGAGAUGGGAGCAGGAGGAUCAAGGGGUUCAAGGUAACUGUCAGCUAUACAGUGAAUUCAAAGCCAGCCUAAUCUACACAAGACCCUGUCUCAGAUAACCAGGACCCCUUUGAUGGCUCAGGGUGGAAAGUUCUUCCUGCCAGCCGUGAUGAUCUGCGUUUGACCCCUGGGAACCACGUGGCGGUAGGGACACGAGAAAUUCUUGCAGAUUGUUUUCUGAGCCCGGGAUGGCUUGUCUCUUUAUUUUGUCUUUUCAAGUCAGGGUUUCUCUGUGUAACAGUCCUGGCUGUCCUGGAACUUGCUUUGCAGACUCACAGAGAUCCGCCUGCCUCUGCCUCCCUAGUGCUGGGACUAGCCUGGUGACGGCUCUUCUAGAUCACACCCGGAACUGACUAAAAUCCAAGGAGCUGGAUACACCUGUUAGGUCUGUUUUUUUCUUAAAUAAAUUAUCUGAAGUGAGAAGACCCACUUUUUGAGUUUGUUUUUGUUUGUUUGUUAUAUUGAAACAGGGUUUCUCUGUGUAGCCCUGGCUGUUCUGGAACUCACUCGUAGACCAGGCUGUCCUUGAACUCGCAGAGAUCUGCCUGCCACUGCCUCCCCAAGUGCUGGGAUUAAAGGUGUGUGCCACCACCGCCUGGCAAAAAGACCACUCUUAAUCUGGAUCUUUUGAGGUGGGAAGAUCCACAUUUAUCUGGGCUACACCUUCUGCUGGCAGCCUGUAAAAAGGACAAGGAAGAAGGAAGCUUGCUCUCUCUCUGGCAAGUCCAUUCCUUCACUGGCGUGAGAGCCUACUUCUCGGGGAGUCUGGCAUAAACCGAAGAAUAAGUCACGCUUUCUUCCUCAAACACCGCGAGCCUGGAGGGACUUGGUCCCCAAGGAGGAGGAGACCGUGAGUGCUAGUGAGGAGACUGUGGAGGCCCUGCUGGGUCUGGUCCGCAGCAGCCAUUCUCCGUGGGCCUUGAUGAAGGGCUCCAGCGUUGAGGACCAUUUCCUGAGAGAGCUGGCCAUCCAGCACCCACUGAUGAUCAGAGACACUUUCUUCUACUCCUACUUCCGGUCCCUGCGGGUGGUGGACAAGGGGGUGACUCUGGUGGACAAAGAUCUCUUGAAAUUUCUAAAGCUUGAGGAGUUGAUUCUGAGUGCCAAUAAAAUCGAGGAAAUCGAUGCUAACAAUCUGCCCCAAACAUUGAAGGUGCUGGAGCUCUAUGGCAACUUGAUCACCAGCAUGGAGUGUCUGUGCUCACCUCCGCCCCCGAAACUGCAGCACUUGGGGCUAGGUCACAACAAACUGCUGGGCCCUUUGGAGAGUCUGUAUGUCACCUCCAGAAACUGGCCCAACCUCGUCUCCCUGGACCUGGGCUUCAACGAGUUGACCGACUUGCAGAGCAUGAUAGCGGGUCUCUGCACCCUGAAGCACCUGAGGCUGCUCGUGCUGCAGGGGAACCCACUGGCCCUGGUUCCUUACUACCGUGGCUUUACCGUGGACAGCCUGGCACGCCUCUGUGUGCUGGACGACAUCACUGUGUCUCCUAGCGAGAAGCACCAGUUCCGGGGGCUCAGCAUUCAUGGUGACCUGUUGGCACGUGAGGCACAGUUUCUGGUGACCAUCGGCAAUGUCAGGGGUGUUAUGGACAGCUCUGUCUUGGACCCAGAGCCGGGACCUGAAGGCCCUUUCAUCAGUUACAGCUAUUAUGUGACCUACGACUUUGUGGAAGACGAGGAUGGCGAAGGGAACGUGCGCGCCAGCACGAUGGCAGAGACCCAUCCCGACAGUGUUCUGGCUGAGAUGGAGCCCUCCUCCAGCGGGGAGCAGUUAGAGGAGGAGGGUGGCGAGGAGGACCAGCCAGAGGUUCUGUUGGGGGCCCAUCCUGGGGCCCAGCGCCACACCCGAACAGGUCGCCCGGCCCGCCCUCAGAGGAUUCGCACAGAGUCGCCUGAGGGCCUGUCCAAGGAGUUGUCUGAGUUUAUAGCUGAGGAGAUGAACCAGAUGGCCGAGGACUCCGGAGAGUCUGGGAUAACAGACAUGGAGGAGUCGGAGACAACCCUUUCCAUCCGCUCUGCCCCACUGCCACAGUCGAUUGACUCGUCGGAAGAGCUGUCAAAGCUACGGCCUCGCAUAGAUCCACGGCUCUGUCCAUCCCCAGGGACAGUUCUCUUCAGCACCGUCCGAAAGCCCUGGACUGACGUCAUUCCUUGUAACUAUGAGAUGAAGCACAACCUCAAGGAGCUGGUGCGGGUCAAGAACUUCCUGCUGGCAGGGACUACGGUGACCAUCGUAGAAGAGAAGAUCCUAUCCUGGCCUGUGUUGCCCACUCCUGUCGAGAGUCCCUUGCCUGCCAAGAAGGGGAAAGCAGACAAGAAAGAGAAAGAGAAAGGGAAGAAACAGAAAGUAGAGGAGGCUGCCAAGGAAAAGGACAAAAAGGGGCUCAAGAAGAAAAAGGAGCUGCCCAAGGAGCUGCGCCAGGACCCGCCCGUGCUGCGUGUGCUGGGCAGCGGCCUGGUGUACCUGGAGCCCUUGUUGGCAGGGGACUCAGCGGUGACCACUGUGUGUAAUUUUGGGGUGAUCCGCACCAUGGAAUCUGACAGAUUGACUCAUGCCAGGGAUUCAAAGAAGAUAAAGAAAGUUCCCAAAAAAGAAAAGUCAAAAAUGGCGACUCCAACCUUCGAAAGCGUGUACCAGCCGGAGCCCCUGACCGUGGAGAUUCAGAUCCAACUGAAUCAGUACCGCUCGGUGGAGGAAGCUUUCCUCAGCCUACUUGACUAG